CUAGCGUUGACAUCACCUUACUUAUCGUCUCCUGAUGCCAACCUCGUAUGUUAUUCAUGGUUGGACACGCAAAUCAGCUGAUACCGUGACUGGAUCGUAUACUUCCCUUCCCGUCCACGCCUCUGCCAUUUCGAUAAAUGCUAUCCUCAAUAGGGCUGUGUACCGUCCCCUCGACCGUACGUUACGCUGCUGUCAAUGAAAAUGUUACCUCGUAGUUUCGUAUCACAAACGCCCAUCAGACGCAGGUCCGAGAAGAGUUGGAGUAUCGGAGGAUGGAAGAUAUAUAAUGGCAAGUGACCUGGACCCGGUUUUCUCCUCUGCAUACAUACUACUCCCGACCAACAUACAUAUCGAAAACUCACAACAUUCGUUCUACUGGUACGCUCGUUUCGAAUAUGCGCAACUUUCUUUGUACUGCUGCCCUUGUGGCAGUAGCUUCGUCCGCUGCACCGCCUGUACCUCCGAUCAACAACACAUGUCUUGCAGGAUGCGUCAAGAAAGGAGACUUUAUCGAUGUGGCUGAACUCUGCACAUAUGGCGCCAGGAACUACCUCACGACCUGCGCUUCCCAAGUCUGCCAUACCGAAUGGAAGAAAGUUAAGGCAGAGUUUGAGUCAAUCUGCACCUACAUUGCAGAGCCGACGACACCAUCGCCUAGGCCGACUCCCUUCCCAUGGACGUUCAAGAAUAAAUGCUUCGAGCAGUGCGUCAACGAGGGCCCGUGGGAGGACGCAAGGGGGCUCUGCGCACCUGGCGCUUCCGUGAGCCUGUCUGCCUGCCGCGUCAACAAAUGCUUGCAAGUCCCUCGCGACGUGUUCUUCUCCGAGUACGGCGCAAUCUGCGAUGCAUGGCGGCACUCCACAACCAUGACGCCGCCACCUUCCACCACUAGCCCGACCCCAACAUCAACGAACACUUGCCGGCCUGAUCAAAUUGUAGAUUACCGCGGGUUUUGCAGAUGCCCGGAUGGUUAUACGACAGAUUACCGUGGUUUCUGUCGCACAUCAACACCAACUGUUAGCUGCAACCCGCCUAUGACCGUCUACUAUGGAUCCUGCAAAUGCCCUGGUGAUAUGCAGUCAGACUAUCGCGGAGGCUGCCGUUGCUUACCGGGCUCAACUGCUGACUCGGCGGGAUGGUGUCAUCCCGAGAAAACAACGACCUUAAAUUCCACCACUCCUGUCACUACCCCACCAACGACGAGCCCAAGCCCAAUUACUACGCCGUCUUGCCCAAGCGGCUUCAUGAUGGACCACAAAGGCAAAUGCGUGUCCAUUCCACCCACGCCCACACCCACACCCACCCCUAUCCCAUGCAAGUGGGAUCAUCAGAAAUGCUGGUGCCCGUCCGGCCAUCACCACGAUUACCGCGGCUGGUGCAGGCCCGAUAACUGCAAGCCCGGACACCAUUGGCACAACGGCACCUGCAUUGUGACUCCUACGACGUCUCCGUCUCCCACCGGUCCGACCUGCCCAACCGGCACCAGGCCGGACGAGAAUGGAAACUGCACGCCGCUCGUCCCAACUCCUCCUAGCACGCUCGUCUGCCCGCCUGGCUCGCAGCUCGGCCCUGAUGGAAAGUGCCACCCGUUCCUCCCACCGACUUCGACUCCGCCAUUCCCAUGCCAUAACAGGACCGGCUGCACUCCGCGCCCGCCGCAUCCACCAAAGCCAACUGGCACAGAAGUGACCAAGACCGUUACGGUAACCGACAUCGAAACUCUUACAUGGUGCCCGCCAAGAUGCCGCCCAUGCCACGGCCAGACUACAACAUGGACAUACACCUUCGGCCCAACGUCCUGCCCACCCAUCAGGACAUGCACAUGCGUCCUCCCAGGAAAACCUACAGGGGAGCCCGAAUACCCGACACUCCCGACCUGCCCUCCUAGCGUGACGUGCACAGGCCAGACGACGACGGUGCCGGAGGAGGAGACUGUUGUGCUGCCGGGCACGACGGUGACUGAGGGCGGCGAGACGUAUACGAUACCGGAGACUACGGUUAAUCCCGGUGAGACUGUUGUGCUGCCGAGCGAAACGCUACCGACGAACGUACCCGUUGAGCCGACGGCGUCGCCAACGGGUCCAGAGGAAUACCAGGGCGAGGCGCCGAGUGGAGGAGUGGAGAUCUUUGGCGUGUUUAUCGCCGCUGUUUUAGGAAGUAUCCCGUUUUUGGUGGCGUUGUAG